AUGCGCGUCAUCGGUUAUGGUUCACGAAGUCUGACCCCUGCUGAGAAAAACUAUUACCUACAUUCGGGAAAACUCGAAUUUUUAGCACUAAAAUGGGCAGUGUGCGAACAGUUUCGCGAUUAUUUAUACUAUGCCAAGUCGUUCACAAUAUUUACGGACAAUAAUCCAUUGACAUACGUGUUAACGUCUGCGAAAUUAAAUGCAACAGGGCACCGUUGGGUCGCAGAAUUAGCGGAUUACAACUUUACCAUCAAAUAUAGACCUGGAGCAGCAAACAAGGACGCAGAUGCCUUAUCGAGAAUGCCGAUGGACAUAGAUGAAUAUAUGAAAUUGUGCACCAAAGAAACCUCGCAAGACAGCUUACAAGCGUGUAUGAUUGGAAUUCGGGCACAAGAACCGUGGAUUACUGCGAUCACAGCAAAUCCCGAGGUACUGAACACAAGCGAAUUAAUACCCGAAUUAAGUGCACUACAAAAAUUGGACCCUAACGAAUUUAUGCGAGCUCAAGACAGCGAUCUGUGCAUCGGGAAAAUCCGCACGUUAAAGGCAAAGAACACAUACCCAACAGAGGAAGAGAUAGAUAGAGUCUAA